GAAAGGAGGGUGUGUGGGGUAAAGGGAAAAUUUGAUCCGUUGAUUUUCCCUCCUUUUCCAAAAUUUAUGUAUAGUUUCCCUCCCUUAUUAUUCUAUUCUAUUCGCAUACUCAAUUGCAAUUAAUUAAUUUGUUCAUUAUUUCCUUCCUUCACAUCUCACACAGAUUCCAUCAUCCACAAGCACCGAUCAAAGGCGUGUCUGGUGUCCUACACUGACACGAGUCUGGAUCUGCUCCAGUUCCUUAUGAGUAUAGUUUUCCUGUUUGUCUCACGGAUGUCCAACACACGGCAAUUAAAAUCUUAAACUGCCCAGAUUAACAGUUUGCAUAUCAGCAUUUUUUAUGAAAAAUAAAAUAAAGAACGAUUCAGAUGAAACUUUGUGAAGGUGUUCUAUUGCCAGCACAUCUCUCCUUGCUGUCUCGGCACGCCACCAUCUCACCGCCUUGCUGCGACGCCAUUUCAUUUACCUUUUCCCAGUUUUAUGAUUUAAAAUACUACUACUAUCCAAUUUGUAUUAUCCUCUUGUUGCUGCUUGUUGUUUUGUUGAACAGUGGUGGGGAUUUUAAGUUUGAGUGGGCUGUAUUACUUCUAGCUUCAAGGUGGAAUUGGCGUUUCAGGUGGAGGGUAUUUAUUAUGUUGGUAAUGGAGAACUUGUAAUUGGACGGAGUUGCUGAGUUUCGUGGCGGCACUGUGGCGGAGUGGAUCAACAUGGUGCCGAUGAGACAAUGGUUUAGAUUGAUGACUAAACGCGUUUUCAUUUUUUUUUUUUAAUAUAAAGAGGGUGAUUUCCCAACUUUUAAAUUGAACUGUUUAAGAAUUUAAUCGCCACAUGUUGGACAUCUAUGAGACAAACUGGUUAACUGGACUCAUAAAGAACUGGAGCAGAUACUGACUCCACUGACACGACACCAACAUGGGAAAUUUGUAAUCGAGUGUAUAGUCCAAUUAAGAUACUCAGUAUGUUUGGGAGAAAAGCUUGCCAACUUGUGAAAGAAUUUGCGAGUGGAGAAAAGGGUCAGCUCACACCAUUUAAUAAAGACUUGUUUGAGCAAGUAGUUGGAGAAUGCAACCAACAUCACCUUGACCUUCAGUCCUUGAUAAGGAAGAUGCAGGAAGAAGGUUUGGAUGUCCAAACUGCUAGAAAUGCUGACCACUACGGAGCCCUCAUCCACCUAUUUUCUAUAGUCCGAAAUAAACGUUGUCUAAUGGCCUAUGUGUAUAAUCGAGCAGAAACUAUACGGAGCUUGUUAUGGAAGAUAGGGCCUGUGAUUCCUAAAGAAAUUGAAGAGAAGCUUGAUCAUAGGGAGGAAGAGUAUUUCAAGAAGCAUUCUUCAGCAUUGAAAUCUUAUAUGUCAAAAGUGUUUGUUGAUCUGACUGUGGAUAUGGUACCACCAAAAGAUCCAUACAUCCAAGUAAGGGUCCUUGAAGACAUAAGAGAAGGCAUUGUGCUUAGUGAUGAUAAGAAUCCCAAUUUCGCCCGACAUUCAAUGCAUUUUCUGAAACGAACUGAUGCUGAGAAAUAUAUCUCACGGGGCUUAAUGGAGGAGCUCACUGGUUGACCUGUUAGUGAAAAAUGUAGAUGAAAAUACUAAUUUUGAACUUGAUAUGUUGGAUUAAUUAUUGUAUUUAAUACUUUCUCUAGUCCUAAUUAUGUUUUGUGAAAAAUUAGAGUUUUGAAAAAGUGUCCGAAA